AUGGAGCUUACAGCCGCCACGGUAGCAGUAAGGAUAGACAAAAUGGUAAAACAAGAACUUGACAUCCCAGUAGAUGAGACCUUCUUCUGGACUGAUAGUACCUCUGUACUACAGUAUAUCCAAAGUGAAGCAGGGAGGUUUAAGACAUUCGUCGCCAACCGAGUUGCCCUGAUACAAGAAGGAUCUGAAUCAAGUCAAUGGCACCACAUAGAAACUUCGCUGAAUCCGGCAGAUGUAUGCUCCAGGGGAGUCAAGGUAGAUCGAUUCCUAGCAAUGAGAUUCUGGAAGGAAGGACCCGAAUUUCUUCAAGCUUCAGAGGACCAGUGGCCUAAGCAACCCAGAAAUGCAUCACACGACGUAAACAAUGAUCCCGAGGUGAAGAAGAAGAAGAUGUACGUUACAGAGGUCUCGGAAGUAACGGCCAGUGAGAGCAAAUGUAUGGCCACUGCUGUGAGCAAAGAGGAAGAAGAUGAUGUCCUGGAAAGAUUGAUCAACCAUUAUUCAGACUGGUACCACCUCAGAAAGGGAGUAGCAUGGCUACUAAAAUUGAAAGGGCUGCUGAAAGAGAAAAUGAAAGGUCAGCAGAACACACGAGAGAAUCCACCCAUGUUAUUGACAGUGGAAGAUAUUAGACAAGCUGAGGAAGCAAUACUGAUACACGUUCAAGACAGAGCGUUCCCAGUAGAGGUUGUGGCUUUGAGGAAACAGGCACACGAUGUCAACCAAAGGACAGGAAGGUUGCAGCCAGGGGUCAGAAAAUCAAGCCCUAUCUACAAAUUAGACCCUCAGAUGGACAAUGGCCUACUUAGAGUAGGAGGAAGACUUAACAGGGCAGCCUUGCCUGAAGAAGCAAAACAUCCAGUCAUCCUACCAAAGAGAGGACAUGUGUCUGAACUCAUCUUGCGGCACAUUCAUGAAAACUCAGGACAUAUGGGAAGAAACUAUGUCUUGGCAAAACUCCAGCAACGAUAUCACAUAGUUGGUGCAAUUUCAGCCAUCAGGAAAGUCGUCAAGAAAUGUGUCAAGUGCCGACGUCAAAGAGGGCGGGUAAUCCAACAGAAGAUGGCCGACCUACCCAUAGACCGACUGAGACCGGACGAUCCACCUUUUACACGAGUUGGAGUCGAUUAUUUUGGGCCGAUAGGAGUGAAAAGAGGACGCUCUACAGUCAAGAGAUAUGGCGUAGUGUUCACUUGCCUCGCCAUUCGGGCCAUACACAUAGAGAAGGCUGAUUCACUAGAUACGGAUUCCUGUAUCGCAGCAAUUCGGAGAUUUAUUGCUCGAAGAGGAGCAGUCAGAGAAAUGAGAUCGGACAAUGGAACGAACUUGGUUGGGGCUGAGAAAGAACUAAGAAAAGAACUUGAGAACUGGAACCAGGCCCAGCUCAGCAACUCACUAUUGCAAGUAAACAUCAAGUGGACCUUUAAUCCACCUGGAGGUUCACACCACGGGGGCGUAUGGGAGAGACAGAUCAGGACGAUUCGACAGCUGCUCUUCUUCCUUACCAAACAGCAGACCAUGACGGAUGAAAGUUUGCAGACACUCUUCUGUGAAAUAGAAGGCAUUAUCAAUUGCAGACCCAUCACCAGGGUUUCAGACGAUGCUAACGAUCUAGAGGCUCUGACACCAAACAAGCUCCUGACGUUGAAGGCUACCCCGAUGUUACCCCCAUCGGUUAGUAGGCAGACCGACUGCUACGCACGACGUAGAUGGCGGCAGGUUCAAUAUCUGGCAGACGUCUUCUGGCGACGUUGGCUGAGAGAGUACUUGCCGCAGCUCCAGGCCAGGCAGAAGUGGGUACAUCCUAGUCGCAACAUCCAGGUUGGUGACGUAGUGCUGGUAGUGAACGAGACAGCACCUCGUAACUUCUGGCUCAUGGGAGUAAUCAUCGGCAUCACUCCAGAUCGACAGGGCAUGGUUCGACGGGCGGAGGUGAAGACCAAGACGGGCACCUAUUCGCGACCCAUCAGCAAACUGUGUCUCCUCUUGGAAGGAGAUUCAUGA